AUGGCUCAGUUGAUGUUGUCCCAGUCCUCUUCAGGAUUUGCUGCCAGCUCUUCCACCUCCGCCUCUGCAUCAUCACCUCCGACUGCUGCCACCUCGUCUUCGAGCUUGGUCGACACAACCGGGUCGUCACAACACACCCAACCGGUCGACAAUCCUGAAUUCUUCAACGAUCCGUUCACUGGUGUACCCAGUUCUCCUCCUGACGUAGCUCGACUCAUCCUGCUCUGCCAUUGCGAAGGUCGACCUUGNCCCUUUUCAAUCCCGGCAUCUCUGUUCUUCUUGUAUUGCUAUGCAUCACCCUGGAAAGAGCAUAGGCGCGAAUUCAAGAAGCGAUUCCCUCAGGGCGCGCGAAGAUUCAUGCUCGACUGCCGCUAUCGCCAGAAACUUGCGUCAUACACCCGUCUCUACACAGAAUGGCUCUUCAGCGGCGGUGCGCCAUCUUCACUCGCCAAACUUCAUCGCCAGGCCGACGGUUCGACUAGUGUCUCCUUCUCGGGAAAAGUCAGAGCUUGUAUCUACAUCCUCAGACUCUAUCAGCAGCGUGGUUACCCCUUGACCCGUUCCUGCGAUCAGAUCGCCUCUAUCUUUAGUCAAGAGGAUACGCCACAAGUUAGUCAGGAGUCCUGGCGCAAUGUCGUGCUACGCACCGAACAUCCUGAGACUCCUGACAACGUAUGGAGUCAAGUGUACCCCACACCUGCUCUACCAGAAUCCUCGUUGCCUGAGAACCCUAGAGGUCCUAGCACACUCGUUCAGACCGAGCCUUUCCGUGGUGUCACAUCUCUUCUACCUGACGAGCCAGAUGAUGUACCUGAGGGGUGGACUCUGUGGACGCCUUCAACUGUACCUGCCCUCCAACUUCUCGCCCGCAACAGAGCUUACAAAAUGCAAAGCCUAAAAGAUCUUAACUGCGAUAGCAGCAAGGUAGCUAUGCCAUUGCAUGAGUUAGAUGCCUAUCGAAUGAGACAGAACAGUAGCCAAAGUUCGAGAUUUCCAAGCCCGGAUGUUCUCGCCGGUGCAGAAGAGNNGAAGAGUUCUAUGCCGGAGCAUUGUCAACUGCAGCUGCCCUUCCUCGAACCUCGCAAUCAGCUUAUCGAAAGGCUGCCUCAGCCUCCUCAAUACAACACACCUGCACCCGAAGACGUCGCUGCACCCAAGCGUGGCAUAGGUCGUCCUCGCAAAUCAACCACCACUGCCCCUACCAAAGCCCCUGCCAGACCAACCAGACUCCGUCUCAUUGCGCCCCCCAGACCAAGCACCCCUGAACAAGCCGCUGCCUUUGAAGAAGCCAUGGACAACCACUCUCCCGCUCAUGCCUACAGUAACGAGUUUCCUGACGUCCAGACGUAUGAGAUCGAAAGUUCAUCCACACCCGACAGCUCGGAGUUCAAUGAAACAAGCUAUGAGAUAGCGUUGAUGGACAGUUCGAAGGCGAUCAAGAAGUAUGAAGCUCGCGGACUGAACGCAUAUGGUAUUGGAGUGAGGAGACUGGCCGAGGAGAGUGUUCUCUUCAACCGCAUGGAUUGGGAAUAG